AUGGCGGAUGGUGUUCCGUUGUGGGCUGGGGCUCCUGAGAAGUCCCGCCUCUUGGAGUUCGUGAAGGACUUUGCAAAGUGUGCAAUCCGCGGCUCCCCUUGCACACUCCUCAGCGCCGAAGCAGGCGAUCCUAUCUCUGCAGCUUACUUCAUCGACCCGCAGAUGCGCAGGCUCUUCUUGAAGCGCACUCAGACUCCAGAGACACUCCUAGCCAACAUCCGCUUGGAGAACGUCAAGGAGGUGUCAGAAGGAGCCGCCAGUGAGUCUGCGCUUCCCAAGGGACUUGCGCCGCAGGAUCUGCAGAGGCUGGUCGUCCUCGAAUUUGUGAACGGCGAUCCUAGCUUAUUCCUGUUGGAGGGCCAUUCCAAUGACCGCGACCGCUUUAUCCUGUGCUUGAAGAUCCUGAGGCAAGAAGCCGUCGAGGUCACGCAACAGAGACAGGAGAAAACAAGCCACUAUGCCUACCUAGUAGGACAAGCCAUGUCUUGGAGUCCCUCUGGAAUGAUCCUUCUGCUUGCUGGGUUCCUGGCAGCUGGCGCGACUGACUCCGGCAACCUCAAUGGUGACUACGUGCCGGGCUUACAGGUGCUGUCUCAAACACCUGGCGGCAAGGAGACGCAAAAACGAUUUCCGACCCAUUUCGCGGACUACCCUGGAAAGCCUUCUUUCUUCGACGUUUACAGCCCGACCAUCCGAAGCCUCUACUCGCAAGUCUUCUGGAAGGCGCUGCCCCCGGUCGACCUGCCGGAAGCCGUGGUGAGGCGGUUUGAUGGCAAAGGAAUGGCAGUCGUCGGUUUUGAGGUGGACCAAGUGCGCAGGACCAAAGAUGGGGAUGUGUCGGUUCCAAUUUCCGUGGCUUACAACCAUCACUUUGAGACCACGAUGGUCGGGAAGCGUGCUGCGUUCGAGAAUGCCCUCAUGCAGGGUCCCGGAGACCCCCGCAUUCCUGCGAAGCAUGGACAUGGAGCAAGCUCCGUCUGGAAGCCAGGUAAGCGAGAAUGGGUCGUGCGGGAGAGAGCGCCCGGGGAUCUUCCCACAAGCCAGAGCUUCGGUGGUGCUAAUGGUGGGGAGUACCGCAAGAGCUUCCAUGGCUACGCACCGGGCUUUGUGCAGGUCAUCGAGUCCCCGACUCAAAUCCAGAUUACGCCAAUGCAGAUUGAUACCUGGAACAGGGACAAGAUGAAUAUCUCGCAUCCAACAAGCUUCGUGCCGGGACCUGACCUCACUGGCUCCGACCUCCGGGCCUGUCACCCCCAGCCGAGAAAGCCUCAAACCGACACGAGACACUCGAAGCUCUACAAACGCUAUGAGCUCAAAAAGAACCAAAGAAUCAAAGCUCCGACCGAGGCUGCUGGAGUGUCCGGUGACGACCCGGUGCCAGGUGAGGCCGUAGUCCGCCUGCGAGAUCCGUGCUCCAGGUCCCCAGACUCAGGCGAGGAGUGUCUGGCUCUGGCCCGAGCAGCUCUGUAUGGACAGCACCGACGUUUCUUGCUGGAUCCUUCUGUGUCUGCACAUGUCGGGUGCACCAUCAUGGCCGACAGCCAUGAGCUGAACCUCGUCCAUGUUCACUUCAAGGUGCGCGGCGCUGGACUCGAGUCUACGUGGUGCAGCCGGCAGCGACUGCGCCGCAACCGCACCAAGCAUUGCCUUCCCGUGCGAGGUGCAACAGACGCCAAGAAGUUUGUUGGCACGAGCAGCCCUUUGGUGAACGUGUCUGUGGUACUGGACCUGUCUUCGCAGCAAGCCCGCAUCUCCUUGACUGGAUUCAAUGCGGUCGCCAUGGCAGACUCACCCUGGGCGCUUAUUGUAGACGGGUCUGGGAAUGUCACAGAGCGGCGUUUGGGGGAUCACCGGCCCGGACAACUGCUGAAGCCAUCCGUGGCAGUUGAGGAGGUGAAGGUUGUUGGAGACCUCAGAUCGGUGACGGUGACACGACCCUUGAAGGGCGCUUCGCCGGACUACUACACCUUUACCCCCUUCACCGACGGGAGCGGCCAGCUGAAUUUCAUCAGCGCCGUGGGCAGCACUGCGAACUUGUCAUACCACAGUCAACGCACCCCUGGUCAGCUGACCUUCCUUCCGGUGGACCUGGAUGGCGCUUGCGUCUGCAGAGGCGAACCGAUCCCGUUCGGAAAGGCCAAGGGCUCCUUGGAGUAUCGGGCCACGGGCCAGCCGGAGGAUCUUGGCUCCGGCAGCUCGGGCUUCAACAACCACUGCCCGGAGCAGCCUAGGAGUGAUCUGUUGGCCAUGCAGAAUCCGACCUGUGACCUCCGGAACUACUCGGGCGGCCAACUGGCUUGCCACCACAUGUGGUCUCUCCUGGAUGCGGAUCAACCCAUCCCCUGGCCAGAGAAACCCCUUGAAUACUCCUUGAAGUUCCGCUUCUGGGUCGAGGAAUACAACAAGUCUUAUCAUACAAGCUUGCGGCGAGUGACCUGGGGCAUUGCCUCGCCAGUCGAGUAUGAUGUGCCCAGAUGUGCGGAAGGCACUAUGGGCUGUUCCCCCGACGGGAGUGGGGGAUGGAUUCACACCAUCCGGGGCACCUUCACAGGCGAAGGCAGGCUGUCAGCGGCCCACUUCCACUGCCACGCGCCGACCUGCCUCUCCAUGGCGCUGUACCGCUGCCCCAAGGGCACAAAGGUCUGCGACCAAACGACCGGUGAGCUCCUGUGCGUGGAGCGGCCCGUCUACGGCAACGCGUCCGGUGACCUCUUCGGAGAGCCUGGCUACAUCUUCCAGCCACCCUGUCUCUGGGGUGGGGAGGAGUUUGGACUGCAACCCCCUCCGAGCGUGGAAGGCUUCGUGUUGGGCGCAGUGAAGACAUCCAACGCCACGUAUGGCCAUCAUGGAGAGAUGGCCUGGCAACAGAUGUACGUCUACGAUGCAGAAGCCAGCAGGGACACGGAGGUGGUAUGA